AUGGCCUUCGCCAGGGCCCCGCUCCGCCGCUUCAACGAGAGCUCGGUAUGUACCCCGCUGCGAGGAUCCUAUGAUGUUAAAUCUUCAGAUGCACUGAAAAGUUCUCUGUCCUCUGAAACAUGUCAACGGAUUAGGAAGCAGAAGAGUGAGGCAGAUUUGAACAGUGAGAAGAGUGCACCUACCCCCAUAACUGGAAGGAGACUCGCAUCUCUUGGAUCAACACCAGCUAAUGGGACUUGGAAGCCUAAAAAAGAUCAUAUCCUUAUGAAAGAGAAAAAGAAACAGAAGACACUGGAGAAGGAGAUUCGUGCAUUAGUGAGAGAGCGUGGAGAGCAGGAUAAAAAACUUCAGGCCAUGGAUGAGGAUUUUGUUAAGAUUGAAGCGAAGCUGAGUGCUGCAGUUCAGGAGAAAACAUCUCUUUUGGCAAAUGUUGCAUGCCUAAAAAAACAGCUACUGGAACUAACAAGAACCAAUGAACUGCUGAAGUCAAAGCUGUCUGAAGAUGGUGUGCAGAAGAAAAUGAGCAGCCUGUGCGUGGAGUUAAUGAAGCUCAGGAACAAGAGGGAUGCUAAAGAAAAGACUGCCCUUGCGAAGCAGGAAAACAUGGAAAUGAAGCUACAGGAAGUGCAAAGGAAUCUAGAGCAUUCAAAAGGAAAAAUAGCACAGUUAGAAGAAAAACUGUCUGCUACUGAGAGAGAAAAAGUUGAAGAUAAGUCUGACACUGAAAAACUCCUGGAAUAUAUCACAGAGCUCAGCAGUGUUGCAGAAACAGUUGAGAAAUACAAACUAGAUGUUGCCCAGAUGGAGGAGACACUGAUAAAGAAAGACCAAGAUAUUGGGAUCCUGAAGGAUACCCUUAAAACAAAAGAGGAAGAAUCAUUUAAACUGAUAAAAGAACUUAAUGAAAACUGUCAAAUGCUUGAACAAGAAAAAGAGAAAGAGUUGUCUGAGAGUAGAGGAAAAUUUCUGACUAUGAAUGCUGAAAUAGAAGACCUGAAAAAAAAAAUUGGCUUAGGAGAACAAGAACACCAAAAACUGCUUCAGAAGCAUGAAGAGCUGGUUUCUCAGCUGCAGCAAGAGAAGGAGUCAUCUGCAUCAAUGCAGCAGAAGUUACUAGAGUUUCAAGAUGAAGUAACAAGUGAGAGACAUAUUCUUGAAGAAGAGCUGAAUGAUACAAUGAAUGAGCUGAAUAAAUUACAUGCUAAGGAGAAGAAAGCUGAAAAGUUGGUGAAGUGGUUGGAACAAGAAACCAAAUCUCAAGCUCUUGAACUUGCACAGAUGGAAGUAAAGUUGAAAGGGAAGAAUGCUGAGUUGGAGCAAAUCAAAGAAAUGCACAGCAAUGCUGUUUUGCAAAUCCAAGAAGAGCAUAGCAAUACACUGCGUAAACUUGGAAAGACUGUUGCUGAGUUUGAAAGCUACAAGAAAACAACAGCUGAAGAAAUAAGCAGUCUUAAACUAGAGAACACCUCUCUGCAAGAAGAAGUUGCCAACCUAAAAAAAAUAGGCCAAGAUAAUCUACAGCUGCUUCAGGAAGCAGAAUACACUAAAAAUAAAGCAAAAGAAGAAUGUGCAAGGAUGCUUUUAGAAGUUCAGACAAAGCUUGCACUAAAAGAAGCAGAAACAGAGAGAACAAAAGAGUCUUGCCUUGCACAAAUGACUAAACUUCAGGAAAAACUGGAAGAGCAAACUGAAGAUCUGAAAAGAAAACUUGAAGUCGAAAGAUCAAGGAAAACCAUAAAUGAAGAUGUGACCUCUAGCUUGAAAGAAGAGAUAAAGACCUGGCGUAAUCUGUAUGAAGAUUUACAUAACAAAACUAAGCCUUUUCAGCAACAACUAGAUGCAUUUGAAGCAGAGAAGAAUGCACUUUUAAACGAGCACGGUGCGGCCCAAGAAGAACUGAAUAAGCUAAGUGAUGCAUAUGCUAAACUACUUGGCCACCAGAACCAGAAGCAAAAAAUCAAGCAUGUUAUGAAGUUGAAGGAUGAGAAUACCCACCUGAAGCAGGAUGUCUCAAAACUGCGUGCAUUGCUAGCAAAAGAAAAGCAAACCAACAGAGAUCUUCAGGAUCAGCUAUAUGCAAUUCGGGGCAUUAAGCAUUUUGAUCCUUCCAAAGCUUCCCAGCAUGAUAGCAAGGAAAAUAUUCCUCCAAAAACUCCUUUUAAAGAAGGUAAUAAAAACAAAAUUUAA